AAUAAUUAUGCAUUUGUCACUCCGGAUUUUACAUACAUUCAUCCCCGCACUUGUCACUUGUGUAUACUCCUACCUGUUCGCUACUGUACCGCUCAUCUAGUACCUCCACCCGCUGUUUUGACAAGUUGUUUUUAGUUCUUUGUCCUAAUUUGAACUAUUUUUAAAGUUUGUUAUCAUUAAUCAGAAUUAAUAAUGUCGGGGUGUUUGUCAAAAGGAGGAAAGGAACCUGUUGAGCCACCCAUUUUGAACUGCAAAUGGACCCCUUGCAAGAGAAAGUUUACUUUGAAGUUUUUGUUGGAAAAGCAUGAGAAAUUGUGUCCACAUAAUACUCUCCUACACCCGACCCAUUUGUCCCCAUCAGUGACGAUUCCUGCGUCGGAAUGUCUCACCACACCCACCAGCUGUACAUUUGCCGCAUUGACUCCUCCACCCACACCUGACAGUACAGGGUCAUCUUCAGAAAAUAUAACAACUGGGCGAAAAAGGAAGUCGGAUGGUUCUCGAGUUGUGUUUUCUACUCCCACAUCAAAUUCGUCUAAGACUAGAGUCAAUUGUCCAAAACAGUGCGGAAAGACAUUUUCGACAAAAGCAGGCGCGACACGACACGGAAAACUUUGUGGAUUGACCGAAGAAGAAAAAAAGAAGGCUAUUAAACUCAGAUUUGGAAAUGAUCCCACACAUGUAUGUUGCAAUUGUGGAGAGGUGUUUGAGCAAACAAAUGAAAAAACGGCACAUGAAGACAGGUGUGCUCUCACGGAGGAUGAUGUGAAGGAAAAGUAUAAAGAUGACCCUGGGCAUUUCUGUUCUAAUUGCGCCCAGUUCUUUAUUCGUACGUCAAACAGAAAGCAGCAUGAAAGAAGUUGUGGCGUGACAAAGGAGGAAUUGACGGAGGGAUUCAAGGGCAAUAGACGACACUGGUGUUCGAAAUGCGACUACUUUUCCGUUAAUAUUAGCGAUGUGAUGAAACAUGAAGCCAUAUGUAACAAAACAAAGGAGGAGUUAAUGAUAGAGUAUAAAGAUGAUCCGACUCAUUGGUGCUCCAAAUGCGACUACUUUUCUGUUGAUGUAAGCAAUAUGAGUAGACAUAAAGACGCAUGCAAAAAAACAAAGGAGGAGUUAAUGAUAAAGUAUAAAGAUGAUCCGAAUCAUUGGUGCGAACAGUGUGGUCAUUUGUUCUUUUGUCGUGUAUAUCAUCAAGAACGGCACAAACUUGGGUAUCACACACACAUUGAUGUUAGAACGAUCACACUGCAAGAAAUGAAAGUCGUUCAUCCUUUAACGCACAAUAAAAGCGUAAUCGGAGAGGAAGACCCACUCGACCCACUCGACAAGGAAAAUUUUGAUUUCAUUGUUAAAAAGAAACUAGAAUGGGCAGACACAUUUGCUCAUAACAAAGCGGACACCAACUUUGUCUACAGAGCAGCAUGUUUGUCGCACUCAUUCUCCUCAUCAUCAACAACGUAUUAUGAUUUCGUGCUUGACCAUCCUGAAGAAGUUGGAGCGUACUCAGGAGUGAAAGGAAAAUUCAAAGGACUCGACAUAAAUGAGUGGCACAAACAGUUUUCAGAAAAUUCGAAACUAGGUCAAGGUGCUUUACGGGGUCAGCAGGUUGUAUUCUUUGGACAGACCUGUUUCAAAGGACCAGACAGCGCGACAGAAGCGAGGAAACAAGAAGCUCUCGAGAUUAACUAUGGAUUCUACGCCAAUAAGUAUAAAGGGGAGAAAAUGUACCACAUCAAUGCAGAACGAGAGCUGACCUCCUUGUCGUACAAUUCGGAUGCAGCCAUUAUGAAAAUGUUGAACAUGGCAGUAAGAGGGGAGCCCAGUUUAUGUCAUAUAACAGAAUGUGAAUGCCCAGCCUACUUUCACUUUGAGCUGGACAAGAUGAAGAAAGUUGAUUUCCGCAUUGACAAGAACCGUGUGAAAAAGGAGUCUCCUCCUCGACUACCACCACAGAAAACACGUCCAACAACUGAGGAAAACAUCAAACGAGAAGUGGACCGACUGUUCCUAACCCUUAAGGAAGAAAUCAGGCUAAAUUUAGAGACCAAGUUCAAUGUGUACUCGGUGCUAAUUGUGAAUAAGGCAGAUUUCCCAGGCAUGUCAGAUCCUCGUGAUAUUUUGGUCGCAUUAACGACGCGAAAAGGACUCGUCAUGUGUUGCUACAACGGAAAAGGGUUGGAAGCAGCGGAUGGUAACAUACACGCCCACCAUCAGUAUGGUGAAAGCACCAUCAUAAACGAGUUGGGAAAGGGGGACAAAAUCGCAAUUAAGAUCACAAGAAUGAGAUGCUUUUCCCAGCGAGAUGCGGAAGAAAAAGAGGCAUUUUUACAAUACACCACAGGAGUAUCAAGCAGGAAGAAAUCCCACGGGAUUCGCAUCGUCCCUAUCAAUAUUAAGAUGGAGUGGACCGCUUGGUUAAGAUUAUCCGAUCCCGUUAGAAAAUUGGCUCAAGAAUGUGGAGAAAUUGGCACUAGUCUCUAUUCGUUUGCAGAUCAUCCUGAUGCACCUUUGUAUCAGGAAGGGGAAUUUGCGUAUCCCAUCGACGUAGCACGCCAAGUCGAAAAAGGAGAAGUCGCAAUUGUUAAAUUUGUUGAUUGUUGAGUUACCUUUUUUGUUUUAUGAAUUUCAAUUGUUUUAUCUUUUUUACUGUACACAUAUGUUGUACCCGGUGUUACUGUUGUGAUACUAAAUGAACUGUUGUGUAUGUCAAACAUCGUAAUAAAUGCUCAACAUAAAAUAUCUAAUUAGA